AUGAAUGAAGCAUGGGAGCAGGCCUAUCCUAAUUCUCAAAUUGUUUUGACUACUCCUAUAUCAUCUGAUCAUUGGGGUUUGUAUGUAAAUUUUCCAAUGAAGGUUGCAGAUGGUCCUAAGCCAUUUAGAUUUCUGGCAGUAUGGAAUAAGGAAAAUGCAGUAAAGAAUCUUAUUGUUGAAGUCAUUGCUUGUAGGAAGACUCUUGUUGAUACUCAACUAAUUCUGAAUGAUGAUCUUUUCAAUGAGGAGAUUAUUAAGCAAGAAAAGGAAGGGAAGAUGAAUCAAGAGGCUGCUAUAUCAAAGGAGACCUUAUUACUGAAUCAGAAAUCUAGAAUUCGAUGGCCUGCAACAUGUUCUCCAGAGGCAAAAUAUAUUAGACACAGGCUGAAUCCAGAGGAGAUGGAGAGGUUAGAGGCGGUUAUAUCUAGGGAGGAAGUUAAAACCACAGUCUUUGCGAUGGGUCCUGAUAGAGCUCCUGGUCCUGAUGGAUUUUCUUCAAGAUUUUUUCAACAGUACUGGAGCAUUGUUGGAGAGGAGUUUAUUAAUGCAGUUUUGCAUUUUUUCAAUCAUCCAAAGAUGGGAAGAGUGGGAGCCAAUAUGGCUUCAAUGCUUAAUUUGAAAAAAUUAUUGGCUCAAUUUGAAAGUUCUUUAGGUCUUGCAGUUAGCAAGGAGAAAUCUGAGGUCUUUCUUACUAAUUCAGUAAAGAGGAGGGCUGGUAUCAUAAGAACUCUUGGUUGUAAGGUUGGUAAACUUCCAUUUACUUACCUUGGGCUUCCUAUUUCUGAUAAGAUGGUUCAAAGUAGGGACUAUAAUAAAUUGGUUGAGAAGGUUAUUUCUCUUACAACUAGAUGGAAUGGUCUUCAUCUCUCAAUGGCUGGUAGAAUGGAAUUGUGCCGAGCUGUAAUUCUUCCAUUGGUGCAGUAUUGGACAUCGGUCUACUCUCUUCCUACUGUGAUUAUUAAUGUGAUAGAAAAGAGAAUGAGAAACUAUAUCUGGGGGUAUGUGGAAGAUAGGAAGAAGAUACAUGGUUUGAGUUGGAAUAAGCUUGCAGUUCCAAAACAGGAAGGUGGGCUGGGGUUGUGUAGAUUGCGAGAUAUUGAUAGGGCUGCUAAAUGUAGUCUUACAUGGGAUUUCUUGCUGUCAAAAGACAAACUUUGGGUGGCUUGGUAUAAGAGAUAUUAUUUGAGACAGUCCUCUUUUUGGAAUGUUACUCCUAAGGUGUCUUCUUCUUCAAUCUGGAAGAGUAUGGUGGCUAUUAAAGACAUUAUAAAACAGAAUUGUCGAUAUAGAAUAAGAAAUGGACAUAAGAUUAAAGUAUUUCUGGAUCCAUGGUGUGAGGGAAAAUGUCUUGGGGACUUGUUUAAUCGCAGAUUGCUGGGUUCUCUUAACAGGAAUAAGCAGAGUGUUUUGAGUGAUUUAAUUGUUGAUGGUCAAGACGAUGAAGAGCAGCUGAAUAAUACCUCACAAAAACUACAACAAGUAUUCCAUAAUCAAAGGAUUUUUGGGGGAGAAGACCAAUUAACAUGA